AGAGUCAUGAACGUGAGCAGAGACAAGGUGGGUGACAUCUCCAUCCCGGCAGCGGCAGCCGCGGCGGUGACAGCCCCCGCAGCCUCGCUUGGCAUCGGCGGGGAGCCCUGCGGCUUGCCCGGGGAAGGCAUGGAGAGCCACGGGGAGCAGCGGCUGUCGGCCGGCGGCGAGCUGCCCCUCUACUCCUGCCCUGGAAAUAGGGACAGGCAAGGGGACGGGCAGAGCAACACCCCCGGACAAGAGGGGGCAGCGGGCGCCCUGCCCGCCGUGCACAGAACCACCUCUUUCUCCGUGCUCGACAUCCUGGACCCUAACAAAUUCAACAGCAAGAGGAGGCAGUGCGGGGGCUUGUACAAAUCGGGGGGAGCCCAGUUCCCGCUGGGGGCGGAGGAUAAGCCCGAGGACUCAGGGACGGAGCUGGCCGAGCAAAAAGCUCUCGCCGAAGAUUUCGACGCGUGCAAGAAGUCCGCCGAGCUCAUCAGUAAGUAGCUGGGGGUACCCCGAGCCCCUCGGGAUGGGGGGUAAAGGGAGCCUGGGGAAGGG